CGGGCGGAAGUGGCGGCGCCGCGCACCGGAAGCGGCGGCGGCAGUUUCCGGGCGGCUCCGUGGCAGGGCGGGCGGCGGGCGCGACCAUGGUGCUGCUGACGAUGAUCGCCCGCGUGGCGGACGGGCUCCCCCUCGCCGCCUCCAUGCAAGAAGACGAGCAGUCAGGCCGCGACCUGCAGCAGUACCAGAGCCAGGCGAAGCAGCUCUUCCGCAAGCUGAACGAGCAGUCCCCGACCAGGUGCACGCUGGAGGCGGGAGCCAUGGCUUUCCACUACAUCAUCGAGAAAGGCGUAUGUUACCUGGUCCUGUGUGAAGCUGGAUUCCCCAAGAAACUGGCCUUUGCAUACCUGGAAGACUUGCACUCAGAGUUUGAUGAGCAGCAUGGCAAGAAGGUUCCAACAGUCUCCAGACCCUAUUCCUUCAUUGAAUUUGACACCUACAUCCAGAAAACCAAGAAGCUCUACAUUGAUAGCCGGGCAAGGAGGAACCUGGGCUCCAUCAACACAGAGCUGCAAGAUGUGCAGAGGAUUAUGGUGGCCAACAUCGAGGAGGUCUUACAGCGAGGAGAGGCCCUGUCAGCUCUCGAUUCCAAGGCCAACAACUUGUCCAGCUUGUCCAAGAAGUACCGCCAGGACGCCAAGUACCUGAACAUGCGCUCCACGUACGCCAAGCUGGCGGCCGUAGCCGUGUUCUUCAUCAUGCUGAUUGUCUAUGUGAGGUUCUGGUGGCUGUGAGCUGGCCCAGCCGUGGAAGAGGGAAAGCCAGUAGCCUGGCAGGUGGAUGUGUGCAGGACACUGCUCAUGGGGGAUGUGCAUUAGAAUCCACACAGGACCAUCACCUUGGCAGGAGUGUCCUGGGGUUGUUAGGUGACACCUGGCUACUGCAUCCCCUAGUGGAGCCUAACAAUAGGUGUGAAGGCUUGUUGACUGCAGGCUUUUCCUCUGAGGCAGUUUGCACUGGGAUACUGCAGAGUUUGGCCUCCCAAGGUUCUUUUCCCUCCUGGGGCACUCUGGGAACAGUCAAUCAGUGCUGUUUAGCAUAAUCAUAUUGUACAUCCUCCUGUUGAGUAGCUCUAGUGGGAACUGGACUCUAAUGAACAUUCCUUGUGUUGGUAAUGUUUGCUUUUUUAGAAUCUGGGUCUGCAGUUCUUUUUCUUUCUUUCUUUUUCAAGACUCCCCUGUUUGCAGGCAAGUAUUUCACUGUACAUAAACCAGCUUUCACCUCUGUCUGAAUACCUGUUGAGUGUUUUGUGUCUGACGUCCUGGCUUGUUACACUUUAAAUUGCUUUAGGAAGAAAUGGAUGUUAAACUAUGCCUUAAAACACAUUCUGUCCAGUACUAGGAGGGGCAGUGGAAGGCUUCUGUAUUAACUGGUUCCUGCAAAAUUAAACUCCAGGUUUCUAA